CCUCCUCUGGUCAGGAGGACCCUCCUCUCCAGGGUCACAUGGUAAGCCCCAGCUCUCCGCCCUCUCCGCUCCCAUCGGCCGCACUCCGGACCGGGGCAUGGGGCGAACGCGCAGGGGCUUCUCUGGGUAAUUGUACCCCGCGGGGGGGAGCUAGUAUACUAUACUAUACUAGUAUAAUUCGGGUCACACCGACUUCACCUCAGCCGUAGAGAGCUAUUAGAGCAGUACACCCACACAGAGCACGGCUAGCCUGUCUCCUCAGUGUGUAUAGCCCUCCACAUACACACACAGGACUACCGGUAGCAGCCCGGGCUGAUAGGGCAAUACCAAGAGCGGGGAAACUUCUCCAACUCUCCCUCUCGCAGUCACCGUGACUGGACACCAGGUUUCUAGGAAGGACUUGGAAGUCACCCCCUGGCCAUAUUGUCACAUACUUUGCCCUAGCCUAGUGUUAUUGCAGCAGCAGCAGCUAGUCUUCCCUCCUAAGCUCCCUGAGGGCAGCUCUCUUCCAUUCCAUCCUGUUACUUGUUCUACAAACUGGUCUGUCCUGUUUUCUUCUCUAAUCACCCAGGCAGUCCAAACAAGGAGGGCAAAAGUGGUGCCACAUGUCUGACCUCUGUUACCUCCCCCAUACAGCCCUAGGAGAGCACAAGUCACAGCAACACGUCCACCACCUCAGCUCUGGACAAGCCCUGCUUUUUUUCCUGGAUUUCGCCUCUCCCGGGAACAGAAUGCCGCUGUGAUUAGUUCCCCCCUCCCUGUAGGAAGCUAGAGAUCCAGAGCCUGUCCCAACUUCUUUAUUUUUAAAGGGCUUUCCGAGCGCUCAAUUCUUGGUGUUCUUGACUGGGGGCGCUGGUAUGGCCAUGGUGUCUGGGGGCUGGGGAGACCCCAACGGAGACACGAAUGGAAUGGGGAAGGGUUACCCCAGAAACUCGGAAGAGGACGAAGCUUCGCCUCCCGGAGGAAUAAGCGACCCCGAGCAGGGGGACGAGGAGAGGCCUGGCAUUCAGGUGGAUUGCGUGGUCUGCGGCGAUAAGUCCAGCGGCAAGCAUUACGGCGUUUUCACGUGCGAAGGGUGCAAGAGUUUCUUUAAAAGGAGCAUUCGUAGAAACCUCAGUUACACUUGCAGGUCAAAUCGGGACUGUCAGAUUGACCAGCAUCACCGAAACCAAUGUCAGUACUGCCGACUGAAGAAGUGCUUCCGUGUGGGCAUGAGGAAAGAAGCGGUCCAGAGGGGGCGCAUUCCUCCAGCUCAUUCCAGUGCAAGCCCUACUACUGCUCCAGGUGGUGGUGAAUAUUUUAAUGGACAGCCUGUUUCUGAACUCAUUUCUCAGCUCCUUCGGGCAGAACCUUACCCAACAUCACGUUAUGGAUCACAGUAUACUCAGCAGGGCAGUGUUAUGGGCAUCGACAACAUCUGUGAAUUGGCUGCAAGACUUCUUUUUAGCACUGUGGAAUGGUCCAGGAGCAUCCCUUAUUUUCCAGAGCUUGCUAUGGCAGACCAGGUCUCUCUCUUGCGGCUGAGCUGGAGUGAACUGUUUGUGUUAAAUGCAGCACAGUCAGCCCUCCCACUACACAUGGCCCCCCUGUUGGCUGCUGCUGGUUUCCAUGCUUCUCCAAUGUCUGCAGACAGGGUGGUCUCCUUUAUGGACCAGAUAAGGGUCUUCCAGGACCAAGUAGAGAAGCUUAACAGACUUCAAGUGGACUCAGCAGAGUAUGCCUGCCUGAAAGCAAUUGCCCUUUUUACUUCAGAUGCCUGUGGCCUCACUGACCCAGCUCACGUGGAGACUUUACAAGAAAAGGCUCAAGUGGCUCUUACGGAAUAUGUGCGAGCUCAGUAUCCCUCUCAGCCUCAGCGCUUUGGCCGCCUCCUAUUGCGUCUACCUGCCCUCAGAGCUGUGCCUGCAUCCCUUAUUUCCCAGCUAUUUUUCAUGAGGCUAGUGGGGAAAACACCUAUAGAGACACUUAUUAGGGACAUGCUCCUUUCAGGAAGCAGUUUCAAUUGGCCAUACUCGGCCAGUCAGAAUAACCUGCAGUAGUUGCUACUAUCUCUUGCAGCAUCUUUUACACUACAUAAGGGGCAGUUCUCCGUACUUUAAUCUGUCCCUUUUUAAGCUGUAAUGACAAAGGCACUUCCAGAACUCAUUGUGAAAAGAAUUUGAAAAUUUCAGGAGCUAUUUUAUUCUUAAAAUCUAUGGAUCACUGAGUACUCUGGUCUCAGGAACAAUUCAGAAAGUCAGCCUCUCUAAUUCAUGGACUGAUAUAAUAAUAAUGAAAGCACUAAUUGGGUAUCUAGCUGCUCCACAUGGUGUUCUAGAACACACUCGUAUCACUAACCGUUCCAAUGAAGAUACUAUAUGAUUCACUUGUUUAUGGUAUAUAGCAUAGACUGUGAUCUCUACCUCCAGAAUAUAUACUUUUAAUGUCCUAGAAGAAAGCUGCUGUGAUGAUUUAUUUUUUCUGUUUGCCAUAUAAACGGCAGCUUGUUGGAUCUGUUGUGUAGCGGAAACUUGGUCUUUGCCCUGUAUUUUGAAAGUAGGACUUCACAAAAUCACAUUACAUUAGUAACAUUUAAAAAAUUCUAAUUUAUGUUCUUUACCACACCAUAA